AUGGCAAAUGCUGAAAGAGAUGAAGAGAUGCAAGAAAAUUAUCAGAGAAAUGGACCACUGCAAGAAGUGCCUAAAGAGAGAAAACAAGCUGUUGGACCUAUUCAGAUAUUCCGCUUUGCUGAUGGACUGGACAUCACACUCAUGGUUCUGGGAUUACUAGCAUCACUGGUGAACGGAGCCUGCCUUCCUGUAAUGUCACUGGUUUUAGGAAAAAUGAGUGAUAAACUAGUUAGUGGUUGUCUAAUCAGAACCAACACAACAAAUUAUCGGAAUUGUAGUCACUCUCAAGAGGACUCAAAUGAAGAUACUGCACUACUGACCAUGUAUUACAUCGGAAUAGGACUGACUGCCUUGGUGUUUGGCUACGUGCAGGUUUCCUUUUGGGUUAUAUCAGCAGCACGGCAGACCAAGAGAAUUCGAAAACUUUUUUUUCGGUCCAUUUUGGCCCAGGACAUCAGCUGGUUUGAUGGCUGUGACAUCGGGGAACUCAAUACUCGCAUGACUGAGGAUAUCAACAAAAUCACUGAUGGUAUUGGAGACAAGUUUGCCCUGCUGUUUCAAAAUUUGUCUACUUUUUCUAUCGGCCUAACAAUCGGUCUGAUGAAAGGCUGGAAGCUUACCCUCGUGACCUUGUCCACAGCUCCUCUUGUAAUGGCUUCGGCAGCAAUGUGUUCUAGGAUGGUCAUCUCACUGACCAGUAAGGAACUGAGGGCGUAUUCCAAAGCUGGAGCCGUAGCAGAAGAAGUCCUAUCAUCAGUUCGAACAGUCAUAGCCUUUGGAGGCCAAGAGAAAGAAAUUCAAAGGUAUACAGAGAAUUUAAAAGAUGCAAAAGACGUUGGCAUUAAGAAGGCAAUUGUUUCGAAGCUGUCUCUUGGCGCUGUACACUUCUUCAUGAACGGAACGUAUGGCCUUGCUUUUUGGUAUGGAACCUCCUUGGUUCUCGGUGGAGAACCAGGGUAUACCAUCGAGACUGUCCUUGCUGUCUUCUUCAGCGUCAUCCACAGCAGCUAUUGCAUUGGAGCAGCAGCCCCACACUUCGAGACCUUUACAAUAGCCCGAGGAGCUGCCUUUAAUAUUUUCCAGGUUAUUGAUACGAAACCUGCUAUCAAUAAUUUUUCAACAACUGGAUGUAAACCUGAACACAUAGAAGGCACUGUGGAAUUUAAGAAUGUUUCUUUCAGUUACCCAUCACGACCAUCUCUCAAGAUUCUGAAGGGCCUGAACCUCAAAAUUAACUCUGGAGAGACGGUAGCCCUGGUUGGCAGCAAUGGCAGUGGGAAGAGCACAACGGUCCAGCUUCUGCAGAGGUUGUAUGAUCCCAGCAACGGCUGUAUCACGGUGGACGAGAAGGACAUCAGAGCCCUGAACGUGCGCCAUUAUCGAGAACAUAUUGGAGUGGUCAGCCAGGAGCCUGUCUUGUUCGGGACCACCAUCAAAAACAACAUUAAAUAUGGGCGAGACAACGUGACUGACGACGAGAUUGAGAGGGCAGCAAAGGAAGCAAAUGCUUAUGAUUUUAUAAUGGAGUUUCCUAAUAAAUUUGAUACAUUAGUAGGAGAGAACGGAGCUCAAAUGAGUGGAGGGCAAAAACAGAGAAUUGCAAUUGCUCGAGCUUUAGUUCGAAACCCCAGGAUCCUGAUCUUAGAUGAGGCUACAUCUGCCCUUGACACAGAAAGUGAAUCUAUCAUUCAAGCUGCACUGGAGAAGGCUAGCAAAGGUCGGACUACCAUAGUGAUAGCACAUCGACUGUCUACUAUCCGAAAUGCAGACCUGAUUGUUGCCCUAAAAGAUGGGAGAGUAGUAGAAAAAGGAACGCAUGCUGAACUAAUGACAAAACAAGGUCUAUAUUAUUCACUUGCCAUGUCACAGGAAAUUAAAAAAACUGAUGAACAGAUGGAAUCUAUGACACACUCUACUGAAAAAAAUAUCAGUUCAGUAUCUCCAUGCUCUGUGAAUACCAUCAAGUCAGGCUCCAAACAAGACUUUGCUGACAAGUCUGAAGAAUUAAUACAGAAUAAGAAGGCUAGUCUUCCUGGUGUUUCUCUACUGAAAAUCAUGAAGUUGAAUAAGUCUGAAUGGCUGUUUGUUGUUCUGGGAACACUGGCUUCUGUCCUGAAUGGAACUGUUCAUCCAAUGUUUUCCAUCAUCUUUGCAAAAACUAUAACUAUGUUUGAAAAAGAUGAUCAAGCCACAUUAAAGAGUGAGGCAGAAACAUAUUCCAUGUUAUUUGUGAUUUUGGGAGCCAUUUGCUUUGUUGGUUAUUUCAUGCAGGGCUUGUUUUAUGGCCGAGCAGGAGAAAUAUUAACAAUGAAAUUAAGGCACUUGGCAUUUAAAGCCAUGUUAUACCAGGAUCUCUCCUGGUUUGAUGAGAAGGAAAACAACACAGGAGCCUUGACAACAAGAUUAGCUGUAGAUAUAGCACAAAUUCAAGGAGCAACAGGUUCAAGACUUGGUGCCAUAACACAAAAUGCAACCUGCAUGGGACUCUCAAUUCUCAUUUCCUUCUUGCAUGGGUGGGAGAUGACACUCCUGAUUCUGGUUAUUGCUCCAGUACUUGCUCUAACGGGAAUAAUAGAGACUUCAGCAAUGACUGGAUUUGCCAACAAGGAUAAGCAAGAAUUUAAGCGUGCUGGGCAGAUAGCAACUGAAGCUGUGGAGAAUAUACGUACUGUAGUGUCAUUAACAAGAGAAAAAGCCUUUGAGCAAAUGCAUGAUGAGACGCUUCAGACUCAACACAGAAAUGCCUUGAAGAAAGCACAGAUCUUUGGGAGCUGUUAUGCUUUCAGCCACGCCUUUGUGUACUUUAGCUAUGCUGCUGGAUUCAGAUUUGGUGCCUACUUAAUGCAAACUGGAAGAAUGACCCCUGAAGGCAUGUUCACAAUUUUUACUGCAGUGGCUUAUGGUGCUUUGGCGAUUGGAGAAACACUUGUUUGGGCGCCUCAAUAUUCCAAAGCCAAGUCUGGUGCUGCACAUCUGUUUGCAUUGUUGGAGAAAAAGCCAACCAUAGACAGCUACAGUCCAAAAGGGAAAAAGCCAGAUAUAUGUGAAGGGAAUUUAGAGUUUCGAGAUGUCUCUUUCUUCUACCCAUGUCGCCCAGAUGUCCUCAUCCUUCAGGGCUUAUGCCUCACUAUCGAGAAAGGGUGGACAGUAGCAUUUGUUGGGAGCAGUGGCUGUGGGAAGAGCACUUGCAUUGAGCUUCUGCAGCGGUUCUAUGACCCCCUGAAAGGGCAAGUGCUCUUUGAUGGUGUGGACGCAAAGGAACUGAAUGUACAGUGGCUCCGUUCCCAAAUAGCAAUCGUCUCCCAGGAGCCCGUGCUCUUCAACUGCAGCAUCGCUGACAACAUUGCCUAUGGUGACAACAGCCGUGUUGUGCCACUGGAUGAGAUAAAAGAAGUAGCAAAUGCAGCAAAUAUCCAUUCCUUUAUUGAAGCUCUCCCUGAGAAAUACGACACACAAGUUGGACUGAAAGGUGCACAGCUUUCUGGAGGCCAGAAACAAAGAAUAGCUAUUGCGAGGGCUCUUCUUCGUAAACCAAAAAUUUUAUUGUUGGAUGAAGCCACAUCAGCCCUUGAUAACGAGAGUGAAAAGGUAGUGCAGCAUGCCCUGGACAAAGCCAGGAAGGGGAGGACGUGCCUCGUGGUGGCCCACAGACUCUCCACAGUGCAGAACGCAGAUGUGAUAGUGGUUCUGCAUGACGGGAAAAUAAAGGAGCAGGGAUCUCAUCAAGAGCUCCUGAGGAAUCGAGACAUAUACUUUAAAUUAGUGAAUGCACAGUCAGUGCAGUGA